GGGUGGAGCCGAGUCGCCGCCGCCUCCUCCCCCGGUUUCCGCCCGGCCUGCGCGGCCGCGGCGCUACUCGAGCUCGGGGAUCCAGCGCGGCCUAGUGCCAGCGCCGCGGCCGCCAUGGCCGGGGAGGUGAAGACGAAGCUGUCCAAGAACCUGCUGCGCAUGAAGUUCAUGCAAAGGGGUUUGGAUUCACAAACUAAAAAACAACUAGAAGAGGAAGAAAAGAAGAUAAUUAGUGAAGAACACUGGUAUCUUGAUUUACCAGAUCUAAAGGAGAAGGAGAGCUUCAUAAUAGAAGAGAGAAGCUUUAUGCCAUGUGAGGAUCUACUUUAUGGCAGAAUGUCCUUCAAAGGAUUCAAUCCGGAAAUUGAGAAGUUAAUGGUCCAAAUGAACUCUAAAAGCAGGAAAGAAGAAAUUGAAGUGGAUGAUAAAAUGGAGGCUGAUGUGUCAGAUGAAGAAAUGGCCAGAAGAUAUGAAACAUUAGUGGGAACAAUAGGGAAGAAAUUCUUGAAAAAAAGAGACCAGCGUGUUCUCCAUGAUGAAGAUGAAGAUGAGAAUAGUAACACAAGACCUAAGAAAGCCAAGAAAAUGUUCUUAAAACCUCAGGAUUAAUGUCAGCUGCACAACUGAAGCUGAUAGAAAUGUUAUCUACCAAAUAUAGUACCAUGAACUGAAGAUUGUUUUGAGUUUUUGCUAGUUAAUAUAAAGGAUAGAAUUGUAAA